AUGGCUCGAAAGGACGAAAACAAGCAGCCCAAAGCCCAAUGGAAUGAAGCUGAAGUUGACGCCCUGCUAGACUAUCUUAUCACCCAGAAAUCCAAGAUCGCUGGAACCACCUUCAAGGAUGAGGUCUUCAACGAGGCUUCGAACAUGAUUGCAGGAAUGGGGACAUAUGGCCCAUCCAAAACCGGACCGCAAUGCAAGACGAAAUGGGCAUCGUGUUUGACGAUCUUCAUGCAGGUAUUGUUUGUUGCUCCGCGGUCGCCAGCAGAUCGUCCACACCCUCAGCCUAAUACCAUACCAGGCGCAAGACCUGCGUAUUCAGCCCCCUCGACGUCCACGACACCUAUUGCUCUUGAUACUUGUACUACUGCGGCAGGUGCAGCAAGCGCGCAGCCACGGCCCCUUCCAUGGUGGGCUCGUUUGCAAGAUCUCAUUUUUUCGACACCUAUCCAUUUUAUCUACCAGGCUGGUCUGUUCUCUGCCGCCAACACUGCGUUCAUCAUUGCGAUGCAGCCGAAUGCUGUCGAUACCACCAUCACCCACCCUCGACCGUAUCUCAAGCAGACUCACAAUGCCAUCGAGCGAUAUUGUAACAAUCGAUCUGGUUGUCAUUGGGACAAUGUCAAUGGAGCAAAUAUUCAGGGGGAAGCGGCGGAAGUUCAGUGGGGACAAUUUCUCAGCGCCAGUGUGGCCAACAAGGCAAUGCGAUUCUUCAAAAACACUGGGUGGAGAUUUUGGCCCAAGAUGUUGGAGAUCCUGCCAAAUGGGAGUGGCGCUGAGGGCGCUGCCGCCUAUAACCCGGCUUUGUUAGCCGCACAGGAAUCAGCACCUGCCGCUUCCGCCAGCGCUGAAGCCAGUGGAUCAGUGCUUCCCACUCAGGCAUCGGCACCCGCUGCUUCUGCCAGCGCUGAAGCCAGUGGCUCAGUGAUUCCCACUACUCAUGCUGAGGCAAGUGGCGAGGCUAUGGGUCUUGCCAUUGGCGUGCCCGGCGCUCGCAAUGCGGGUGGUGUGCCCAGUGCUCGCACAGCUGCGAGCCCCGGCUUCGAAUGGGACCAAAUCAUGUCUGCCCUUCCAUCCACUGAUCCUGGAAUGGUAGCUCGCGCUUCCACGAACAUCCCCCCUCCCCCAUCGUCAAUCGCAUACACUCACAGUAGCACCGGAAAACGUUCGCAUUCCGACAUGGUCCUUUCCUCCACUACCACCCAAACUUCGGUAUCGCAGGUGAAUUCCCCCUCCCUCGACAAAAAGCCGAAGUUGUCGACGCGUGGUGGCAGCUCUAUGUCGCGUGUGACUAGUCAACGCACAGGCACCAAGGCCACCAAGGACACCGCGAACAACGCCGCGAAUACCGCUGCAUUCAUGAACCUUCAAGGUUCCAUCAACCGCUUGACGGACAGUCUCGAGACGUCGAUGACCAAGACCGAUGAUGGUCGGGUAGCGGAUGAAUGCACGCAGGCCUUAGACAUGAUGCAAGAUGACGAGCGCAUCUCGCCGUCUGACAAGGUCACCCUCAUGAAUGUGUUCGCGAGGAGCCCAGCGGUCUCUUCCACCUACUUGGUCAGCAGGCCAGAGAAUUGUAUACCUUACUUGGAAUCAGUCCUCCGCCAGGCUGCCAAUGGGGUGUACGGCGCGCUGUAA